AUGGGCCAAACGCGCACACAAAUGCGCGCGGCGACGCUUGACGUGGCGCAGCGUGUUUACUGGCGAGAAGCACGGCGGCGGCGCGGAAAGGGAAAGGGAGCGCGUGGCUCAUCUGAUUCCGCUAAUAGAACGAUCGGCGAGUUCGGGGAAAGUGAAACGGAUCGAGCGAUUCGGCGAAUACGUAGAUAUCCCUACCCGGGCCGGCAGUCUCCAACCCACUGUCCUUCGCCUCUCCUUUUUUCCCAAUCCAUAUCCUUCGCCUCUCCUUUUUUCCCUUCUCCCUUCCGCCCCUCUCCCCCCCCUUCUGCCGCGCGCCUUUCCCCUCCACACGCCCCGUCUUCGUUCCGCCACUCCCCCUUUUCCCGUCCGCCUCCGCUUCCCCCGCCGCCAGUGCGCCAGCUGGGCCUGCCCACGGACCUGGCGGCGGCGGCGCUACUGGCGCAGGCGGCGGACGACUACGUGCGGGGCGAGAAGAACACAUCCGAUAAGAGCCGCGCCAACCUGCUCGCGCUCGUCGCGCAGACGGGGGGCGGGCGCGUGGCGUGGAAGGGGGAGGCGGGAGCGGAGGCGGAGGCGGAGGCGGAGGCGGGAGACGAGGGGGGGCCGGGGGAGGCGGCGGGAUUAAUGCGGGGUUCAGAGGCGGAGGUGGAGCAGGUGGGGGAGGAGCUGAGCGCAGAGCUGGACGCGUGCAUGCUGUCCUACUUUGGCUUCCACUGGCCGCACUCCGCGCUCAUGAUCGAACAGGUGCGUGGGAGGGCACGGGGUGGGGAGAGGGGCAAUGGGAGGGGAGGAGGGGGCAAGAGGAGGGGAAGAAUGAGACUCAAUUGA